GGGGCAGCGGUUGUGCUGGUAUUGCCGUGCCCGGCACGCUGCGGGGCGGCGGGGGUGCCCCGUACCCGGCGUCGGCCUUUAAUGUCGUUCGGCGCGUUUCUGUCCCCCGCCACGCUUGCAGGUUUUGGCUUGUGACCAAGGAAGAUGGGCACAUGGUUACAGCUCGCCAGGAGCCACGGCUGGUCCUCAUUUCUGUCAGCUGUGAAAACGGGUACUUGACCUUGGAUGCCCCAGAAAUGGAGAAGCUGUGCGUGCCUGUAAAGCUCCCCAAGAAAAAUCCCCUGCAGAACUGCAGGGUGUUUGGAUUGGAUAUCCAAGGCAAGGACUGUGGAGAUGAAGUGGCUCAGUGGAUCACCACUUUCCUGAAUUCAGAGCCGUAUCGACUGGUGCACUUUGAGCCCUCCAUGGUGCCACGAAAGUCAAAGGACAUAAUAAACCUUUUCCGAACCACAGAUGAGGUUGCCUAUCCUGACUGUAGCCCAGUUUUGAUCCUCUCAGAAGCUUCACUGGAAGAUCUAAACAACAGGUUGGAGAAGAAAGUUAAGAUACAGAACUUCAGGCCAAAUAUUCUUGUGACAGACUGCAGUGCUUUUGAGGAGGACACCUGGGAGGAGAUUCUUAUUGGCGAUGUGGAGAUGAAAGGGACAGUGUGUUGUGCCAGGUGUAUUUUGACAACUGUUAACCCAGACACUGGGGUCCUGGACAGGAAGGAGCCCCUGGAAACAUUGAAAAGUUACCGCUUAUGUGAUCCGUCUGAUCAACACAUAUAUAAAUCCAGCCCUCUCUUUGGAAGAUACUUUGCUGUUGACAAAACUGGAACGAUUCAAGUUGGAGACCCUGUGUACAAGAUGGUCCAGGAAUGA